ACAAAUUGACUUUUAUUUUGAGUUUUGUAAGAAUUUAAACAGCUCGUUUUUGUUUUAAUUUUUUUUAAUUUAGUUUGUUGCUUUUUAAGUUUCUAUUAAUCGUUCUAUUGUUUUGAAAUUUUAAGGUCGUUAGUUUAUCAAGCUUAUCAUAUUUGGAUUAAUAUUUUAAACAGACAUGGUUUCAGAUAUGAAGUUUGAUCCUGCGAUCAUUAAGAAUGUGCAUAUUAACAAAAAUAGCGUUGAGGCACAAGUGAAGUCUUUACUUAAUAGUAACCAAGUCCAUAGUAAAGAGCUACUCACAGCGUGGCUUCUAAAGGCAAUUAGUGUUAUAGACCUCACUACUCUAUCUGGCGAUGAUACUCCAUCAAACGUUAAGAGGCUAUGUAUCAAAGCAGCAAAUCCAAUAAGUGUAAAAACUGAGAACAAUGUUACCCUAGUUCAGCAAGGCAAGAUUAUCAGAACUGCUGCUGUCUGUGUAUAUCCCAGCAGAGUGCCUGAUGCCUACUCCACAAUAAGGUGUUUGGGAUUGCUAGAAGAACUACAAAUUGCAUCUGUUGCCACGGGAUUCCCAUCAGGACUUUAUCCUCUUUCUUCAAGGGUCUGCGAAAUUAAAAUGGCUGUUUCCAGUGGAGCUACUGAAAUAGACAUUGUACUUGACCGGAGCCUGAUUCUCACAGGCAAAUGGGAACAACUGUUUGGUGAAAUCAAGGCCAUGAAAGAGGCUUGUGGCGAUGCUCAUAUGAAGGUCAUCCUAGGAGUUGGCGAACUUGGCACUUAUGAAAAUGUUUACAAGGCAUCAAUGGUAUCCAUGUAUGCUGGGGCGGAUUUCAUAAAGACUUCCACAGGAAAAGAAGCAGUCAAUGCAACCUUACCGGUUGGGCUGAUCAUGUGUAGGGCAAUCCGUCGCUUCUAUCAAAUGACUGGGAAAAAGGUGGGUCUUAAACCGGCUGGCGGAAUAAAAACAGCGGCGGAUGCAGUAAACUGGCUUAUCCUGGUCAACAACGAACUGGGGUCAGAAUGGUUGACUCCUAAACUCUUCCGCAUAGGAGCCUCUAGCCUGCUUGACGUCUUGGAGAAGAGUCUUAACUGUUAGUAAAAUCAUACAUUCAUCCUAACUCACUGAUAUAUGAAAACAUUUGAGUUUUUUCCCAAUAGGGAUAUUUUUUCUUAUGGGCAUAUUUUUACUAAGAUAUUUUAAAUAAAAGUUAUGAAUAUAGCUGGCCUCCAGGCCGGCCUCUAGACGACUUGACGUCAGAUUGUUAGACUAUAAGGCUUACAUUCCAUUGUUACCUCUUAACUCUUUAGCAUAGAAGUGUCUAGCUUUCUUGAACUCUUGGAGAAGAGUCUUUCUAUGGCGGAAAUUAUAACUAUUAAAAAUAAUUAAAUAAAAUUAUAUUUUUGGUUCCUAUAUCGCUAAAACGAAGAGGGGUUCGAUAUUACGUUAAGCAAAAUUUAGAACUUGAUUCAUUAUUGAAUUCAGCUACACAACAAACUACUAACUACUUCACAUUUACACUGAACCAAUUUUUAUUGGUUUAGUUUUCAACAAAAGUGGAACCACAUAUUGAGGCUAUUUUCAGAAUUAUUAUGAAAAACAUUGUAAUUUUUAUUGUGAUUAUAUUCCACGUAAAAUUUUUACAUAUUUAAAAUUAAGAUUUUGUGCCAUUUAUAACGAAUUUAUAGUAAUAUUUAAAAAAAAAUUAUAUUUUUUGGUGUUUUGUCUUCAAAAAUACUGAAACAUUAGUAUAGCAUUCAAUACUUUAAAGUUAUCUUAUUAUUAUUUAGUUUCAUAAGUAAAAAUACCCUAGACGCAUACCUACUAUUACUGCAAGGAUAUCAAUUUAAUUCUACGAAUUGUGUAUGUUUUAAAGUAACUUCCAGAACCAGUGGUGCUAUAUAAAUCGUAACGUCGGAUAUAUAUUUAAUACAAGAGAGAUUGUUAUUUCAGAUAUAAUAAAAUGGUAAACAAAAGUUCUAUAUAAAUUCAGCCAAUAAUGGUGCUUUUUGUAGCGUCAAGUACAGUGGGAUUUGGGCAAAAGUAUAGCACUUUCGUUUAGUAGAAGUAUCGCAGGUGGUAUACUUGUCUACAUGGCCCACUGUAAAAAUGGUUAACAUUGUUUUUCAUCACAUGAAUCGAAUCCGUGUUUUUGUUUACUAUUUUUAAUACCUAUCUUAUAUUUAACAACUGUUGAUUAUUAAUUAAGUUGAUAACUGUUUUUCGUGAUCCUGUGCUGACCAAAUAGUAUAUUAAUUUUAUAUAAUAUGUAGUGAUUAUUAAUACUUAUAUAAUAUUGUAGUGAUAGUGUUCACAAAUUCCAAUCAUAUUCCUUCUCACGGACAAAUUCCUGUUACAGUCUAGAUUUUAUAGUAAUUGAAAAAGUUUUAAUCUGGAUCAACAUUUCAACAGCGUUUCAUUUACAAUUCCUUAAAUUUAUUGUAGACAAUCAAAUACUGAUAUCAGUGUUGAGUGGUAAUUUUACGUUUUUUUACUGGUCGGCAUUUAAUUUUCGGAUAAAAAUUUAAAUGUUGGAAGUUGAAGUUCAAAUUUGAAAUAAAACUUUUUGUUACAAACA